UUAUACUUUUUCAAAACGGAAAAAUACCAGAUUUACCGAUAUACUCGUAAUUAAUAUUGCAAAGUAAACAAAGGGUUUUUUCGAAUUUAAAGGAACAGCUGUCCUUUGCUACAGUCUUUGGUAAAUAGCCGCCUUCAGUCUUUAGAAUUGGCGAGAGGGUAUUGAGAUAUGAACGUUGGAGAUAUGACUUGUUGACUAAAGGAACUAGCAAGGGUCGGUCAUUUGAUAAGGGGGGAAAAGAAAAGAACGAAGGAGUUGCCAUGCCCUUGGAGGGGUUCCAGCACGAUUGUUGUGACAUUUCGUAAACACGUUCCGCAGAAAACACUUGGCUAAGGAAAUGAGCGGACGCGACAUUUAGCUUUCAGUUUUAUGGAAUAUAUAUAUAUACAAGUUCAUCAAGGUUUAUUAAAACGUAUGCUUUCCAAAGUUUGAAUAAAAACCAUUGAGAUUUUGAUCGAUUGGUUAAAACCAAGAGAGUAAAGAGUGCUCGGUGCCUUUCACAAAUGGCAAACUUUACAAGGAUGUUUGAUUAGAAAUUGGUUUGGCUCUCAGUCAUGACAAAAAUUAUGGAAGUGGCUCCACUGAGCGCCUGUGAACACAGCAAAAACUCCAUGUUUUGUAUAGGACCAUGUGAGGCGUGCAAAGCACAACUUGCAAGGAAAAAUGAGCAGAAAAAUUCGGUAGACAAAAACAGUGCAGCAAAUAGCAAGAACGAGUCAAAACUGGAGAGACAGUGUCGAAUAGUUCCGCAAAUCACGUAUAGCCCAGACCAUCGCGUGCAUUGGUCGGACGAAGAUGAAAGUGGAAAUACUAGUCAAGAACUGGAAACGAUAAUUAAACCUGUGGAAAAUCUGGAUUUGAAUCCUGCAAGUCAGAAUACGGAGGAAGCCAAUGUGAAGUCAAUUUUAAAACAUAAACCUACUUGUGUAGUCAUGGUUCACGUGGAUACAGACGGAUAAUACGGGGAUAUAAUUUCAACUUGGAAAUGGACCUCGAAAGAAAUUUUAUUUAACUUCAGUGAAGAAAAUACAUAUACAGGGCCUAGUAGACGACUUUUUCCGCUCGGGGUCACAAAUUUUACAUUAAAAACAAAUGGUGGCAAUCCAAAAAAUCAGCGUAAAAGAUUGGAGAUAUAUUGUGAUUUUUUUUUUCGAUUGAUAUCGACACAAAUUUUGGGAGAGGCAUUACAAGACAAAGAUUUCAUGAAUAUUAGUUACCGGAAAAAACGUCAAUAACUGCGCCGGAAAGCUGACAAUGGGUGUUUCAACGAAACUACAUGAACAUUUCUGUACAAGUGAAUAACAUUUUUGUAGCGCAA